AUGUAUUUGAUCAACACAUACACCCUCAAGCUCGAAUACUUUAUUGGAGAAUGUCCUGUGCGCUAUGCGAUCCUAUCCCACACCUGGGGCACCGAAGAGGUGACUUUCGCAGACCUCUCUGGAAACCGAGGUGAGACAUACAAGAACAAGGCAGGCUUCAUCAAAAUACGGUACACUUGCAAGCAGGCCCGAAAUGACGGUCUACGAUAUGCAUGGAUUGAUACUUGUUGUAUCAAUAAAGACAGUAGCGCCGAGUUGAGUGAAGCAAUCAACUCAAUGUACAGAUGGUACAAGAAGGCGGACAUUUGCUACGCGUAUUUGGCCGAUUUCUAUGCAAUUGGCUCUGUUCGAUCGAGCGACCUGAAGAAUUGCAGGUGGUUCUAUAGGGGAUGGACGCUGCAAGAGCUUCUUGCUCCGGAGAAAGUCGUCUUUUACGGAAGAAAUUGGACUCGAAUAGGCACAAAAGUUAAGAUGGGUCUCAGACUUGAAGCCGUCACAGGUAUUCCGAGGACAAUCCUGUGGGGUCAAAGAGCACUCGAUACGGUCAGUGUCGCUGCACGAAUGAGUUGGGCAGCGAAUCGAGAGACGAGUCGGACAGAAGAUGCAGCCUACUGCCUUUUGGGCAUAUUUGACGUUAAUAUGCCCUUACUUUACGGAGAAGGCGAGAAGGCAUUUCUUCGACUUCAAAGUGAGAUCAUGAGUCAAACUCAAGAUGAUAGCUUGUUUGCAUGGUGUGCAGACUUUCAAUCCGCCAUGAAUUUCCCUUAUCGUGGCUUAUACGCCAAAUGCCCAAAAGAAUUCGCUACUUGUGGCGACAUCAAAACUUUUGGGAUAGACAACAAGAGCGCGACAACCUUCUUCGGGAAUGGACGAAUAUCUCUGAAUUGUGGGCUGGAGAGCCAAGAUGAACGGCCUUUGGUGGCGAUCAAAUGUUAUCGCAAAGAUAUCUUGCACCCAAUCGCGAUUCAGGCCCGUCGCAUUGGAGCCAACACUUACCUCAGGUUCAGUCCUUAUAGCCUCUUUCAAGUUUCCAUGCCACAAUUCGACAACCACAUCAUCAUAGAGCGAUAUGCCGAGAGAUCGCAGAUGAUUGCAAUCCCUGAUAUGCACCAGGUUGGUUCAAUCUACCUAGGAAAUAUGCCAAACCAAUUGCAGUUGCAUUCCACUCUGCCGAAUGGACUGAUGCAUUCGACGCAAAGGAGAAUAUCGGCUAUUGACGCGAUGAAGGCCAAAAAGGUCGCCUUUCAUAUUGGCUUUUCUAGACAAUACCUACAAGACAAGAAGGUGAAUGGAUCUGAGAGCUUUUGCGAUGUCCUUCUCGUGUUUUGGGUUGCCGCAGGUGAUGGGCAUGAAACUUAUUAUUACCUUUUUGAGGUGGUACGGGUAAUCCCCGUUCAAUGGUCGUUCCGGAGCGCGAAUGAAGAAUAUAGCCACGUCAGCAAUUUCUUCAAAGGUGAGGGUAAACCAAAAGCCUUGUCACAUCUCAAAAUCUCUAUGGGCGACUUGCAAGUGUACAUGAUCCCUACGACGCGAGUGGUUGAAGGACAUGAAGUCAUGUAUGUUGAGUUGGCGCUAGUCUAA